ACCCUUUUCUACAUGACUUGUUCUAGUUUGUUUUGACCGAAUCUACAAGACAAAGAAACAGGAUACAGCAAGUCGUGCAACAAGUCAUCACAUUCCCAUUUCAGAAGUGAUUUCAUCUCAUAAACAGCUUUUCUCAACCUUGAAAGCAUGUUACGUACCAAUGACAGAGGACAUAGCGAACUAUACUAUAAUGGGCGGCACCUGAAGCUUAAAGAGCUCAAAUGGAUGCGAAUACGGAAUGACUACCUCUAUAGAACAAUCCCAGAUCACCCUGAGGAUGUGGAAUUUCGAGUGUCAUACCUUCGGCAUAACACUAACCUCCAAGGAUUCCUUGGCAUCUGGGAUUCGGAGGGAUUUAAAAAGCCGACAUGCAGCCACUCACCAAAACAUGAUCUGGUAUGGUGGAGCCCAGACAUUUCCAGAGGUGAUAUUACUAAAGCUGAGAAGCGAUACCUGGAUGACCAACACACUGACACAGAAAAACCUUUUCUGCACAAGUUCACCACUUCCCCUGCCUUUUUGUCAUCCUCUCGCAUGGGGAACUUCCGUUUCAGCAUGUCGAUCCAUGAGUUGUUGAGAAGUUACAAACAGCAGUUCUGUGCAGGCCAGAAGCCCAACAUUCGGAUUUUUGAGACUGUGGUCUAUAAGCAGGAAGUGAUGUAUUCUAUUGUGAUUCAUGCGCCUCGUGCACGCAAGCUGUUCUCUAAGUAUCCCCUGCUCGAGGAUACCCAGGAUGCAGUGUGUGGGUUCCAUGAAAACACCAUUAUCUGGCGUCCACAGGCGAUGAGUAAAACACACCGUUCCAGGCUGUCUCGUAACAUGAAAGCCAUUCGGAUACCUGUAAAAGCCAGAGAAGAGUACAUGUGGGAUAACAUCGGAGUGGCAUUCCAUGUUCCACAUGGAGAAAUCUUCCACUUCAGCAAGGAAAUUCUGACUAAGAGUCUCAGACUCUGUGAGGGAGCUCAGCCAAAACUUAACACAGAAGAGUUUGUGAAGUGUGAGUUUGACGCCAUCAGGCUUUAGAGUAAAUAUGCCGGAGUAUCCAUUACCUCCAGCCAGCACUUUUAGGUAUUAAAAGUGACAAAAUGAGCAGAAAGUUUUUGUAAUCACGUAUGUAGAAGUAUGAAAGGUAUGUGGGGGAAAUAUUUGUUUUUUUACCUGAUUGUUUUUUAUUCAGAAAAUGUAUUUGU